GUUACACGCGUAGGUGUUUAUUUGUCGCGUCACGAUAUGAAUUCGACUGUGGAAAAGGAUACUGUACGUACUACAUAUACAGUACGAGUUGGUAUGGGAGCCGACUCUGCGGCUCUGCGGGCAAAGGUCUUUCGGCCGCAGCGCCCUAUCACACAACUUGCCACUAAACAUAAGUUCAGGUUCUGCCGCCGCGGGCGAUGGCUCAUAAUCUCUUUGCAAUGCCGCUAGGUGCAUGGCCUAGAUCUACGUUACUCUCUCUCCCACCCCAGUGUGCGGGCACCUCCGCUCGGUGCAACAAACGAUGGGGUGCGCACCCAGCAGGCAAAUGGAUGGACGUGGACGUAGUCAGUUCACCUCUCCCCGUGCUUCCAUCGACGACGACGAUCGCCAAAGCGGAGAAAGUCUUGGAUAAAGUCGAUCUCAUCUCUGGAGUUGUCGAGGCUAACGCUGCCGUGACCAUUUAUAACAAAGCUCAGGCAGUCCUUGGAAAGUUCCCGGAAGGGCUCUUCAGUCUUCCCGAAGAUUCAAGAGGGGUGCAGAUCAUCGACAUGAUCAUGGGUGCAAUGGAUAAUCUGACGAAGGUUCAUCCCGCCGCCCGGAUAGCGUGGGGCUUCAUAUCCGCCGCAUACGAUCUUUUCAAGGGCCAAGCCAAGCUGGAACGUAACAUCAUUGCCCUGUACGGGACCUUGGAUCAUCUUCUGAAGUCUCUACUCUUGAUGUACAACGCCAUGCAUGCAAAUUCGGAAAGCCGUAGCCAAUCCGAUGUCCCCCAAGCUCUUGAAACUACACUCCAGGACCUGUUUGAGGAAAUGCGGAGCUUUACGGAAUGGUUCGAACGGUACAUCGAGAAUCUUUCUGCAACGGGAUUCGUCGGUAAGGAUUUUCUAUUACUGUCCCAGACGCGAGCUGUCUUGGCGAUCAUUUGAUUUCUCCGGUUGCGUUCAUUCCAGGGCGAACAUUAGAAGAAACAUUCCAGGGCAAGGGCCAAAGCCGCUUGGAACAGUUUCAGGCAAAGUU